UAAAACUCAGAACUGGGAAGUAGAAGCAGCCCCUGCCCCGGGGAGCCUCUCGGAGAAGAUGCAUCGUCUUCCUCUCCCCCUGCUGUUCCUUCUCCUGUGCUCCAGAGCUGAAGCUGGGGAGAUCAUCGGGGGCACAGAGUGCAAGCCACACUCCCGCCCCUACAUGGCCUACCUGGAAAUUGUCACUUCCGAGGAUAACCUGGUGUCUUGUGGUGGUUUCUUGAUAAGACGGAACUUUGUGCUGACAGCUGCUCACUGUGCAGGAAGGUCUAUAACAGUCACCCUUGGAGCCCAUAACAUAAAAGAGAAAGAAGACACAUGGCAGAAACUUGAGGUCGCAAAACAAUUCCCUCAUCCAAAAUAUGAUGACUUAAAUAUUCACCACGACAUCAUGUUACUAAAGUUGCAGGAGAAAGCCAACCUGACCCUGGCUGUGGGGACACUCCCCCUUGCACCCCAGUUCAACUUCAUCCCACCUGGGAGGAUGUGCCGGGCGGCUGGCUGGGGAGUGACAGAAGUGGAGGAACUGGGCUCAGACACUCUGCAAGAGGUAAAGCUGAGACUCAUGGAUCCCCGGGCCUGCGGACACUUUACAACUUUUGACCACGACGUCCAGCUGUGUGUUGGCAAUCCCAGGAAGAGAAAAUCUGCAUUUAAGGGAGACUCGGGGGGCCCUCUUCUGUGUGCGGGGGUGGCCCAGGGCAUUGUCUCCUAUGGCCAGGUCAAUGCAAAGCCCCCAGCUGUCUUCACCCGGAUCUCCCAUUACCGGCCCUGGAUCAAUGAAGUCCUGAAGGAGAAUUAACCCUAGAGCCUGGGCUGGCCUGAGAAAACCUGGAACUGGACCCGAGCAGCUUCUCUGUGCCACUCGCUCUGAGCUGCCUCUGGUUCCUACUGAAGUCCUGCCACAUACCUAAGCCUCAAGAAGUUUCCUCCAGGUCACAGAACUCUCAAUAAACCUCAAUAAAGAUGCAG